AAAGAUSAAGCCACCGGUUUCUCGUUCUACGGACGGUCGACUGUUUGCAUUCCUUUUCAGCUUUCCUCAGAACGACCUGCAGGAUGGGAGUACUCCGUCGCCAUGUUCAUGGCCUUCAACGGUGCAGCCUUUUUAUUUAUCCUUGUUGCUUAUGUAGCAAUAUUCAUUAAAGUCCAGCGCUCCGCCAAAAGAGUCCAGUCAUCGAGAGAACCAUCGUCACUGGGGACAAGAAUUUUGUUCAUUGUCCUGACAGACUUUUGCUGCUGGAUGCCAGUCAUCGUGCUUGGUAUUCUAUCGCUUACUGGAAAGUUUAACGACCCAACAGGACAAGUGUAUGCUGUGAUUGCUGUAUUUGUUCUACCAGUAAAUUCCUCCAUCAAUCCUGUCUUAUAUACGUUUGCUACGCCACAAGCAAAGAAAUUAUACCAACAAAUGAUGCAAGGAGUACGAAACAAAUUCCAGAAAGUGUUAUGGCCAUGGAAGCGAAACAGAGCACCCAACAAGAAUCCUGGCGACGGAGAUGAAGCAGACGAAAUGCAAAAUGCUCUCGAAUUAAGAGAGAUUCGGUGAACCUGUGUAAUAGCUAUAUUUCUUGAGACGUCCGCCAUUUUGAUUGUACCUAGCCAAAAAUUAUGCAACUUUACUGUCGGUGUCAUGUAGCCAAUUUAUAUCAAUAGAUAAUUAAAACUGACMAAUCCAGCAGCGCAAACUUAGAAUAAUUUACACUUUUCAAACGUGACUGAAGGUAGCUGUUUCGCCGAGGGAGUCGCGCUUUGCCGAAUUUUUUUGACAUAUACAAGGCUUGAUAAAUUUGUUUUUCUUCUUUUAUUUUUAUUUAUUUUUUCACAAAUUUGUGCAGUUGUGGUUUGUAUAGUGAUUUACGCAUGAUCAGAUCCCGUGAGUCAGCUAGUCAGAUUGUACAAUUUUCAAAUAUUUGUUUAAGUAUUGCUACAACUUUGAGUUCCUUGCUUUUCAGAUAAGAACAGAAACAAAGCAAACACAAACAAACUUGAUAUCACCAUGUUUUACCGAGUAACUAUAAAGAUAUUCUGAUUGCUGCUUGUAUUUUUGUGUCCACCGUUAUAAUAGUGGCAUAUACUCUUUUGUU